UUGACAAAGCUUAUACUUUUUUUACAAAUCAUUUUAGGUUCAGUGCAUAACCUUGCAACGGCAUCAACAGUAUCUUCUUCAGGUCCAGUUCAAAGUAGCACGUCUUCAGUUACAUCUCAGUUCGACAUUAUAAAAUUUAGUGAGUGGCAUCCAUGUCAUCCACGUCUCUGCGCUUAUCAUGACUGCGUAAGCUUGGCAGGAGCAUGGGGUCUUGGCCCACCAACAACAUCUCUCGAACCUCGUCCAACUGGGGCAUCUCAAGCUCAGAGCCCAUGUGAAGAUGACCUAGGUGACGGCAAAUCUAAUAAUCUUUUAGCCACCUGUCCCGCUUUUCGAAAUGAACUUGGUGGUGAGCCAACUCGUCAUUUAUCACUUUCACGUCGUUUGACUUCUUCAAAAGAGUACGCAAAGAAAGAAACUGAUGAUGGUUGGCAACGAGAACAUACAGCAUCAGAAAUCGAGAUUCUCGAAGAUGUUAGCAAUGUGUAUCUAGGAGGCAGAUUAUGCGCAGCGCGCCAGCAAAAAAUUGUAAUUGAACCGCAAGAUAUUGGAGCUUAUUAUUAUCGACACUGUUUCGUUGGACGACCUCAUUGGAAUUUCUUCGGAACCGAUGAAACAUUUGGACCAGUUGCUAUUUCUUUAGCUCGUGAACACAUUGAACAAAAAACAAAUAAUGCUGUUCAAGAUACUACAAUUUAUCGAAUGAUUAUUCGAAUCAGUGAUCUUUGUACAUUACGACUUGCUAUACCAGAAGAUGUAAUUUCGGAUAGUAAUAUUGAUCAAAAAAGUAUUCGAUCGUUGUUGAAAGAAUUAAUGGAAAUUGCAUGUCCACAGAUUAACGCUGGUAUACUUCGAGCAAUGAAUCCAUCAUCAUCUACUCGACUAGAAGAUAUUCUCGUCAAAAUUGAUGAACAGCCUAUUUAUACGAGAUAUAAAGUUGGUGUAAUGUAUUGUGGCGUUUCUCAGUCAACUGAAGAGCAAAUGUACAACAAUGAAAAAGGGUCACCUGCUUUCGAAGAGUUCUUAGAUUUUCUUGGACAACGUGUAAGAUUAAAAGGUUUUGAUCAAUAUAAAGGUGGUCUUGACGUACGUGGUGAUACAACGGGUACACAUUCUAUUUACGCUGAGUAUCAAGCUCAUGAAAUUAUGUUUCAUGUUUCCACUCUUCUUCCAUUUACUCCUAGUAAUAAGCAACAGUUGGCUCGGAAACGACAUAUUGGCAAUGAUAUGGUAACAGUAAUCUUUCAAGAGCCAGGUGCUCUGCCAUUUAGUCCAAUAACUGUUCGUUCACAUUUUCAACAUGUUUUUAUUAUUGUACAGGCCAAUAAUCCAUGUACGGACGAUGUAACAUACAGUGUUGCUGUAUCACGAGCCAAGGAUGUGCCUGCAUUUGGACCUGCUCUACCUCGUGGAGCAACUUUUCCAAAGUCUUCAGAAUUUCAUGAUUUUUUGAUCACCAAAAUUAUAAAUGCUGAGAAUGCUGUACAUCGUUCGAAAAAAUUCGCUGCGAUGGCAGCACGUACUCGUCGAGAAGCUCUGAAAGAAAUUGCAGAGAAUUUCGUUUCAGCUCAUCCCAAUGAAGGAGCGUCAAAAAUUGCUAGCCGAUUUUUGGGUGGAUCGGUAAAGCGUAAAGAACGAUUAUUUCCACGUCCAAUGCUAAAUGAAUCAUUACGUGGAGCACUUUCUUGGCUUGUUGAAGUUCAUGAUCAUUCUCAAAAUCAACGAAUUACAUGUGUUCUCGGAGUUUCAAAUGAAGCUUUAGUGAUAUUAGAAAUGCCAUCAGGAAGAGUUAUUUUUGCAACACCAACGCAUUCUAUCAUUGGCUGGGCUAGUAUGGAUUUAGGAUUCAAAAUUUAUUACGAUCACGGAGAUAUGCUACUACUAAGAUGCUGUUCAAAUGAUAACAGCGAUCGAGAAUUAACAGAUUUGAUUCGACGAUUAGAAUAUGUUACUAAAGGGGAUGAAGCUAAGGAAGUGGUAUAUCGACGUGCUAGGAUUUCAGAUGCUUUAGGUUUCCACGUGCAAGAAGAAGGUGUUGUAACAGACGUGGAAAUGUAUCGUAACGCGUGGCGUUGUGGUCUUAGGCAGGGCUCUCGUAUUGUUGAGAUUGAAGGCAGACCGAUUGUUACUUUAAAUCAUAAGGAAAUUUGCGAUUUAAUGGCCAAACAAACCUCAUUGCGAUUGGUUAUGAUUUCACCUUCAUCUGAUGGGUCACCUCGUCGAGGUUGUGCUGAUCCGCAUUGCCCUGCGGUCAGUGGGGAUGAUCGUUUAUUGCUGACACCAGAAUCCUUCGCAAAACGAAAAGUGAAGUAA